AUGUCAUUCCCAAAGAUUGAAAUCGAUUCGGAGAGCGAAACCACGUCGUACAAACGCGACAGUCGUUAUAAUUGGAACUCCGAGAACACCAUGAAACUAAUCGACACUAUGGAAAAGGAUUGUAAGGAAUUGUGGGACGUAAAACAUCCGUUGAAUAAGGAUCGAGUGGCGCGGCAGGCGAAAAUGGAGUUUUUGGCGAACGUUUUCGGCACGACCGCCGAAGAGAUAAGUAGGAAAAUACACAAUCUGAGGACGCAGUUUAAUAACGAGCUGAGGAAGAUAAAGAGGAGGUGGGGGAAUGAAGGCGGCGUGGUGGCGGGGAGCAGCGGCUGGGAGUACUUCGACGCGUUGACGUUUUUGCUCCGCGCGCCCCCUGACCCGCUCGAUUCUGUCGACGCUGUCAAUCUUGCGCUGGCAGAGUUCCAAGCGGACGAAGAGGUGGAGUUCGGCAUCGCGGCCCGCGCUAACCUAAACAAAGCCACCGCCACCACCACUACCACCACCAGCACCAGCAGCACCACUACCACCACUACGACCGCCACCAUAACCAAUGGCAACGCGAACAACAGCUCGCCCACACGGAGGGUGAAGCCCCCGAUCCGCGUGGCCGCAUCAGCGCCACCGCCCCUACCCCCCAGCGCACACCCGAUGAUGUGGCCCGAGGAGCCAUUGCCACGGCUGCGGCCAGGUGUCAACGCCGAUGAGUGCCAGAUAUUCGGUGACUUCGUUGCGUCAGAAUUGCGCACACUGCGCUCUGACGAGUCGCGGAAGAAGCUGAAGCGCUUGAUCCAGAAGGCGAUCCUGCAGGUCGGCGAGGAAGAGGAUGUGAACAUAAUAAGUGGA